AUGACAUCAGCUGUCCAUCUAAGAUCAAUGGAUCCUUCUAAUCCUAAAACAUUUUCUAAUAAAUCCCAUACUAUGACUUCAGAUGUCCAUCUAGAUUCUCACAGUACUGACAGAUCAACAGAUCCAAUCAAUCCCAAGAAAUCUUCUAUAAGUCAUGAAGGACGUCACACAGGGGACAGUUCAUUGUCAGGUUCAGCGUGUAGCAAAACUUUCACUGAAAACCAAAACCUUCUUACACACCAGAGAACUCACACAGUUGAACAUUCUUUUUUAUGUUCAGAGUGCGGGAAAUGUUUUACUCGGAUGGGAACACUUUUUGAACACCAAAAAAUUCACACAAAUGAGGGUCCUUUCCCUUGUUCAGAGUGUGGGAAAUGUUUCACUAAAAAAGAAAAGCUUAUUGCACACCAGAAAACUCACACCGGUGAGUAUCCGUUUUCUUGUUCGGAUUGCAAAAAAUGUUUUACACAAAAAAUCUCCCUUCUUAUACACCAGAGAAGUCACACAGGUGAGCGUCCUUUUUCGUGUUCAGAGUGCGGGAAAUGCUUCACUAGCAAGGGAGUCCUUCGUAUACACAGGAGGUGUCACAUGGUAGAACGCCCCUAUUCAUGUUCAGAGUGUGGGAAAUGUUUUACGCUGAAAGGAGACCUUGCUAGACACCAGAGAAUUCACACGGGUGAGCGUCCUUAUUCAUGUUCAGAGUGCGGAAAAUGUUUUUCUCGGAAAGGAGCACUUUUAAAACACCAGAGCAUUCAUACAGGCGAGGGUCCCUUGUCUUGUUUAGAGUGCAGCAAAUCUUUCACUCACAAAGGAAAUCUUCAUAGACACCAGAAAAUUCACACGUGUGAGCGUACUUUCCCCUGUUCAGAAUGCGGCAAAUGUUUCAUUAAAAAAGAAAAGCUGAUAGUACACCAAAGAACUCACACGGGCGAGCGUCCAUUUUCCUGUUCAGAGUGCGGGAAAUGUUUUACACAGAAAAUCUCCCUUCUUAUACACCAGAGAAAUCACACAGGCGAGCGUCCUUUUUCCUGUUCAGAGUGCGAGAAAUGUUUCACUAACAAAGGAGACCUUGUCAGACACGAGAGAAUUCACACGGGCGAGCGUCCCUAUUCGUGUUCAGAGUGCGGGAAAUGUUUCACCGUGAAAGGAGACCUGGUCAGACACCAGAGAAUACACACGGGCGAGCGUCCUUAUUCGUGUUCAGAGUGCGGACUAUGUUUCACUCAGAAAGGAGACCUUGUAAAGCACCUGAGAAUUCACACCGGCGAGCGUCCUUAUUCAUGUUCAAAGUGCGGGAAAUGUUUUGCUGAGAAAGGAGACCUUGUUAGACACCAGAGAAUUCACACGGGCGACCGUCCCUAUUCGUGUUCAGAGUGCGGGAAACGUUUUACGGAAAGAGGAGACCUUGUUAGACACCAGAGAAUUCACACCGGGGAACGUCUCCUUUCAUGUUGAAAGCAACUUCUUACAUGGAUGCCAUGGAGCAUUCUCACCAGUGGUGGACCAUCCAUAAGGGGCGCCCAACCUAAUCCAUGCGCCCGGCCCGUAAUCUCCAUACAGGGCACCGGACGCUUAGAUUUCAAUGUUUUUUUUUUUUUUUGGGAGCACAUGAUUAGAUCCUGAGGCCCUAAUUGGCUUCAAAAAAGGGUGGGCUCGGGGGGCGGAGCAAUGCGCCCUGAACCAACCCAGUUGUGUGACAAUA